CUCAAGGCUUCGCCUUGGUGCAACAUGGACCAACAAGCGCUGAUUCUCUCGGAGGUUUGCGGUGCUCACGUGGACAGCUGCAGCGCUGCGCUGUCCCAUUGUGAUGGCGACAUAGACCAAGCCGCAACGCUGCUGAUGGAAACCGUGCAGGAAAGGAACGAUCCUCUUUCCCAGCUCAUUGAGAUGGGCUAUGACCGGCAUCGCGCUGAGCACGCCCUAAGCAGUGGUGAUGGAACUGUGCAAAUGGCACUGGACUUUUUGCAGGUUAGUUCACCACCAGUCCCUCGCGGUUCCGACAUGCGCAGCAUUGGGCUUUGCGCCAUUUGUACAGAGCACUUGAGCCCAAGCGAUGCUGCCAUGCGCUGCGAAGGAGCAGGACAUCACUUUGGUCAUGCCGCCUGCCUGGCUCAGUGGAUUCAGACCUGUGAAUCCCGCAACCAGGAGCCCACCUGCCCAGAAUGCCGCGGCCCCUUGCAGUUGCGGCGACGACGAGUGCAGGAGUUCUUAGACGAGCUGCCAGAAAAUGCCUCACCCGAGAGGCGACAGGUGGUGCGCAACAUCUUAGAGCGCGUCCCAGCUGGAGAUGAAUGGCAAAGAAUUCGCUGCAACAAGGCGGCUGGCUUUGCUGCACUGAUCGCCACCGGCGCGCUGGUGAUUGGUUUCCUGGCCAAGUAGCCAAGGACGAUGAUCAAUGAGACGAUGCACAGCAGAAAGAUAUCGACCGGGGAUCUGCAGAACUGGGACCAUUU